CAGUCGCUCACUCGCGUUUUUUUCUUCGAAGAGAGCGGACGUGCACGGACGCGUACGCUGGCGCAUCGCAUCACUACAUUCCGUUCUGGCGUGUUUUUUUCUGUUUGUCGCGUUGUUAUUAACUUUUGUGUUUUACUACCACUACGGAAGAUUGUAUAAUUUCUGUUCUCCGCCGUUUACGCGCCACUUUUUUUUGCCUUUUUGCCACCUGUACAAGUGUGUGCUGGAAAAAAGAUAGUUCGGGAAACAGAGCGUUUUCAAUGCCGGCUUUAAAGUAUGUGUUUUGCUGACGUUCCCAACCCAACUGUCAUAUCUAAUUCGUGCUGGCGCUGUCAGAAGUAAUAGUAAUAACAAAAGUGGAAAGAGCAGAGCAAGAGUGCAAGCGUAUACAAUACAUUCGGUUAUUAUCAGCAGAUAUCGCGUAUACGACGCGUGUUACCUUGAAGUGCGUAGCCGAAUAUUAAGUGAAUAACAGAAACAAAAACGAGCCACAGCAGCAAGCACAUUAGUUGCUAUUAAAUUAUAUUGCAAGUUACAAGCUGAGGGAGAAAAAACCAAAAAAAAAACAAAAUAAUCAAGCGAAACAAGGCAAAAAAAAAACCCAACAAAAACAAACAAUAACAGUGGCAGAGCAGACGCAGCGAAAAGAACGUUUAAGUGAGCAGCGACUGCGCCGUCGACGUCGACUGCGACUGCGACAGCGGCAGAGGGUGCAACAGCAGCAGCAACAACAUCAAAAGCAGCAACUAAAGCAGCGAAAAUAGCAACAAAAUGUCGAAAAAUUGUUGAGCCAAGAAGAUGCAAGCCGUCAUGGACACGGCCGCCAUGGCCAUUGCCGUGGGCUCCGCCGGUUCCGGAUCCGUCUCCGGCUCCAGUUCCGGUCCCGGAAGCAGCAGCAGCAGCGGGAGCAGCAGCAGCGGCUAUGGCAGUGCCACGACCACGCCCACUGGCGGCGGCGGCGGUCACUUCGACAACUCGCCCACCUCGAUGCCAAUGGCCACAAUUGCGACAGUGGCUCCCUUCUACAGCGAAGCACUGACCUCGUUGGAUGCCCAGCAGCGACAGCAGCAGCAGCAGCAGCAACAGCAGAAUCCCGGUCACUUUUACCACCAGAACUACGGAUACGGAAAUUCGCUGCCGCUGGAACCCGCCUACAACUACAGUGGAGCUCCGUACAACACGUACAGUGCGCCGACAGUGGGGCAACAGCUGUCCAACACCAGUUAUCCCGUAAGUGGAAACCACCGCUAUGAAAAGUUGGCUUCAAGUCCGGGCAUAAAAUAUGGAGGAAACCCGAUUGGUGGAACGGGUACGGGCAUUAAGCCACAGGCCAUGGCCACACCCUUUUACGCCCAGCCCCUGGGCGGUGGUGGGGCGACGGGAUCCAGUGGAUAUAUGGCUCAAUCGAAUGCCAUGUACGAUCCGUACAAGUACAAGAUGCCCACCGCACAGGCUACGCCGCAAUCCAUGAUGCCGAGCAACCAAGCAGGCGGUACGGCAAUGCCUGGUCCAUCGGCGGGUCAGCUGUACGGCCAUGGCAUGUCCCUUAAUCCCGCCGUGGCCCAGAAACCGACGACGCAAAUGACGCAGCAGCAGCCGCAGCUCACCCAGUUGGAGACGAACUAUGCGGCCAUUAAGCCCAACAGAAGCUACCAGGGAAUGACGACGACGGGUGCGGUUUACGGCGGCACUGGUGGUGGCGGUGGUGGUGGGAACGCCAGUGGAGUGGUCAAUAAUCCGACGUCAGCGCAAUAUUACGACAAGUACGGCAUGGCCAUGUCCAUGUAUUCGCCAAACGGAGGACUGCCAGCCAUGUACGGACAGACGGAUCUGGGACCCGACACCGCAGGACUGCAAUCCUACCGGAAGUCCACGAACAACUGUCACUGGGGCGUGGACUACAAUGCGCCCAACUACAGAUCUCUGCCGCCGGCGACGGUGGCCAACAGUUCGUACCAUCACCCCCAUCCAGGAGGUCCAGUAGGUCCAGUAGGUCCUGUGGGUCCAGUAGGUCCGGGACCUGGUCCCAAUCCCGGAACCCUCAACAGUGAUCUAUACUACGGCUCAACGAAGUACGACAAGUACGGAAGUACCUAUGCCAGCAAUCCGUACGCGGGUCCUUCGAUUUCGCAGUCCUAUGCCGGGAGAAACUUGUGGUCGGGUACGGAGAAUGCGCCGGCCAAUGGUCGCCAGAAUUGUUGCUCCCAGGGAUACGCCUUGAACCAGCAAAGCUGUUUCUACCCAAGGGGUAAUGGCUAUGGAUCGAUGUCGGGACCUUAUGGAACGGCAGCCAAUGCCCCGCAAUCACAGCCGCAAUAUCCUGGAACCGGAUCCGCCGCCGCCGCCGCCACUGCCAUGAAGCUGAAGCAUCCAACGGACAUGUACUAUGAAGCCGGGCCCAGUCAACUGGGCUAUGGAUACAAUCCACAAGGAUCCGGCACAUCGAAUAACAUGAACAGCCAACGAUAUACGGCUCCCUUGGGCCUAGGAAUGGGUGGCAUGGGCAUGGGCAUGGGCCUGGGAAUGGGUGGCAUGGGCAUGGGCAUGGGCAUGGAUCCCGGCAGCGGGGGCUACUACAACGACCUGAGUCUCAACAGCCUGGACAACUAUGUGGCACCAUCGAUGCCACAGCAGUCGCUGCGAACGCAACCCUAUCAGGAUUAUCGCAAGAGAUCGGCCAUGUCCGUGGGUUCCGCCUCCACGGGAAGCUGUUACGUGGGACAAACGGGAAUCGGAGGUGGAGGAGGAGGUGGAGGAGGAGGUGGAGGACCGCUCACCAAUCUCGAUGCUCAAGUGGAAAACUAUGUGGGAUUUAAUCUGCAUGCCACGGCACCCGCCACCCUGAACUAUGCGGUGGAAUCUGGCAAAGUUACGCAGAACUACAACAUUCGGGACUUUCUGUCCACCUGGAAGGUGGACGAUGAGGAUGAAGCCAGUGCUGUGCUGGAGAUGGAUCCUCCGGCUGUGGCAGUGGUGGCGCCCGUGCUCCCCAACCCAACCGCCAACUUUAUGUACGAAUCUCUGCCGCCGACAGGACCGCAGGCCACAGCUGUCGUGGAUCAUCAGGGCAUCAAUUUGCCCGACAUCAUCAUAGACAUUGAAAAGGCCAGUGGAAGUGGAGGGGUUGGUGUGCCCGUGGACGACUCCUUUGCCAGCUUCGAUGUGGAGAAGGAGCUGGACGAACUGCGGCUCAAGACCAGUGCCUCUGAGCCGCAUCCUGUCACUGAAAGCGAUGCUCUGGCGGAGAUUCUUCGACAACCCGUGGUCACCGCUCCCCUCAUGGUGGAACAACCCCCGGCUCUGCCAUUGCCCAGUCCCAUUCUCAACAGCAGUGAGGUCUUUGCCAGUGUGUCCCAACCGCCGGUGGCCAUGGACUUUGACCAGAACAACAGCUCGAACUCGAACGAAUCCACCUUUGCCAAGGAGUACGAGACCUUUAUUCACAAGAUCGAGGAUUCCGAAAGUGAGACAGAGGACACAACCGAGUACCGAGAGAACCCCAAGAGGUUUAAAUUCUACAAGAGAAAGCGAAGGACCACGGAGCACGAAGAGCCGAGCUACGAAGUGAAAAAAGUGGAAGAUGUCGGCAACCCAAGUCACAACGUCAUCUCCCUGUCGCCGAAAGCUUCGGCCAGAGCCAGUCAGAAGCUGCUGGCCAAAAAGCGGCGUAAUCGCAUUCAGAUGCUGAAGAUCCUGGAAUUCGAGAGCCCGAAAAUCAAGUAUCGUCACUACUUCAGGGUCCUCAAAGUGCUGCGAAAGAGAACCGCCUCCAGUGGAACCAGAAAACUCCGAGCCAUUCUAAUGAGGAAACAGUUGACAAGGUUGAAGGAGAAUCGACUGCCGCUGAUCAAGAGGCUGAUGAAGAAGUACGUUGCUGGGCCAAAACUUCGUUGUCCACCCAGUCUCAAGGGUUUGAGUGUCUCGGCCUUGAAUUCCUCCGCAUUCAGAAGCUGUUUGCUGAGUGGAACAGAUCGGGAGACGGUCAUCAAGAGUGGCCAUGACUAUAAAGACAAGACUGAAGAGCUUCAUGGAGGGCUGAGUAUAGAGGAGCAGGGCCUGGACACCAAAUCCCUAGAGCUGCAGUCCAACUUUAAGGGGUUCGAUGACAUUGAAAACACCAAUAUGUCGCCAAAAAUUAAUUUAAGAGUAGAGGAGGAGGAGGAAGUGAAGAGCACCAUGGAGAACCCAGUCCAGAAUGUUGUCCCAAAGGAAGAGCAAAUACAAGCCUGGCUAAAGAGUAGUGUGGUUCCCAUAGCAGAAGAACUAGACGCAUCCAAGCCAGUGGCUAGUGUAGCAGUGCUAUCAUCCUCCUCGUCUUCUUCGAGCUCGAGUUCCAGCAGCUCCAGUUCCGACGACGACUCCAGCAGUACGAGCAGCCGAGAGGAGGAUGAGGAUGAAGCCUCGUCCAGCAGCAGCAGUUCCAGUAGCUCCAGUUCCCAGAGCUCGACGGUCGGAGAGGAAAGCGACUUCAACGAACUGGCUGCCCUGGAGAAGGAGCUGUCCCAAUCACAAAGCGAAGAACCCAAACGAGAACAUUCUCCACUGGAGACGAUGAUGACCCAAGGAGAGACCCCCGAGGAAUCGCCACAAGAAGUGGAGGUCUCCAACCACGAUAUUGCCAAACUGAAGCAGAUCCUGGAGAGCGAUGGCGAGGAGAUCGUGAACAGCUCCCGGUUCGCCAGCGUACCAAAGCUAAGUGACCUUAGUAAGAUUGCCUUAAAUAGUUCCUUAAAAGCAAGAGAGUUAGUUGUAAGAGAGGAAUCCAAAACUCCGGAUGAAAGUGGUCCAGCUCCCCGGGAAUUGAGCGUGGAGGAGGCGUUGGCGGAGAUGUAUCAACAAGUGGGCGUGGCCUCUGAUCCCGAGGAUUUCGACGGCAAGGAUGAUGGCGAUGAUGAUGAUGAUGCGGAACCGAAUGACAAUGGUCAGGAUGUCCUGCUCAUCAGCCUGGCCGAAAUCUUCGAUUCCAGCAGUGAUCUCUAUGUGGUCCAGUGCGACAUGAACGAGAACAUCCUGGGAGUGGUGGCCAACGAGGAUCAGGAGAUCGAGGGAGAGCCCAACCAGGUCAAUCUCGUCCAGGUGAGUCCCGAGCAGGUGGAGCAAGUCAACACCCUGCAGCUCAUCCAGUUACUGGCCGAACCGCAGCCCGAAUUCGAUGCCACACCAUUGAUACACCACGAGGAGGUAAUCCGGGACGAAAGGCCCGAUCCCCAGAAGGAUCGGCGGCAGUUCCUCAAGUAUCUGCACGAGAAGUAUGUCCAGAGUCGGAUCAGUCGCUUCUACCACGCCCAUCGAGUCCUGCGGAAGUACAAGCGCCAGCGGGCAGGCAAGAAACGCCCACGGAGGGUCAAAUAGGACUCCGGCUUCAACCAAAGAUAUUUCUGGUCCCUGGAUAGGAUCAGAUGUGUUCGGCUUGUCUGAAUACACAAUGCCUGAUUGGAUACCAACUGAAAGAUACACCACACACACCCACACACACACACACACACGUAGAUACACCACAAAAAAUCUUUAGAUACGGAUACAAAUGCAGCUACUCUUUACCAGAAUCUCAAGACUUUUUUUUAAUAUUUUUCGAUUUACAUUAGGAAACGGAAUAUAGCAUAAUAAUAACUGCAGUCGUUGUUUUAGGGAAAUCAUUAUUUUUAAACUUUUACGAUACCUUUUUUACAUGUAAUUAUAUAGAGUAUGGUAUAUAAAUAUAUAUAUAUAUAUAUAUUUUAGAUAUCUGUGCAAUAUUUACAUGGAAAAUGUCGUGUUUAUCUAAAAUGCACGAAUUCGAAUCUCGAUGGGUUAAGCGUGAGUAAGCAGCGUUAGACGAGGGUUAAUCGGGGAGUUUUGGGGUUUCGGUCCGAGUCGCGUGCAAUUAACCAGAUAUAUACAUAUUUUAUCGGCUAAUGUAUCAGCGUUUUAGUCGCUCAGCGAGUCGGGCCAUUUUAAAAUGCUGUUUUGCCAAAGGUCAAGCCCAGAUUGAGAUACACAUUCGCAGUCCGACAUAUGCGUGUUAGCCUCGGCAUUAGUUGAGGGCUUAGAUCCCCGCCAUCCCCUGUAGCUUACAUUUUGUAUUGCCACCAAAUGCAGCCUAGACCAAAAAGUGAAAAGAAACUAAAUAAAUCUGUUGGAAUUGUUUGAUCUGUUAGUAGCCGAAGAUGAAGAAGACUUUGUUUGUUUUUAGUGCAAUUAUUUGUUAGGUUCCUAGAGCAUUUUGUUGUUUGUCUUAGGGUUAAGGGGAGUCACAGGACUCGUAGGCUUUCACCCCACACAUCUGAAUAUAGAACCCAUAUUCCUUUAUCGACCAGUAAGCCGAAGAAGGUUUAGUUUCACAGGGCCCCCAUCCCUAAUUGAAACCUUGUACAGUCUGCGAUUUGCAGGGCAUAACCAAUCCGGACAACUAAUCAAAUUUGGUAUGGGGACCUUAAAGCAUUCUCAACGCACGACUUAAGAAAAAUGCGAAGGCGGAAAACAAUUCAAGGGCACCGACUUCGGAGCUGGUCUAUAGUCUUAGAUUCCCAGCCAACUUGUACACUAAAAUAAUGUUAUCUUAGCUUAUACUCGAGACCACCACCUAGAUGUCAUUUUUCUCUCGUAACACAUUCCAAAGGACCAAACUUUUAAAAACUAAUAAAUAUCUAAUAUCUAAUGUCUAGCUAAGCUUCUAUAUGUACGUUCUUUCGUUUGUAACAUUUCUAAACUAAGUAAUACGCUUAAUUGUAGUACAAAUAAAGUGCAAGAGCUAGCCCACUAAAUGGAGUUAUAAUGUUUAGCAGUAACAAUAAUAUUUAUUGCGCAAUAUGUACAUACCCUUCUCACUUCACAUUCCACAGUGGGUAUACAUGAGUAUGCCUCUAGCUCUAUUCAUGUAUAUCGAAAGGUUUUCACUGUACCUUAGCGUUAAGAUUCGUGACUAGAUCAAUGUGAGUGUCUUUGAGCAAACCAAACAAAAGAAAUGAUAUACGAAAUCCUAAAAGUGAAAUAAAUGUUUUAUGUAAAUGUUAA